AUGCUUCACAACCAAAGCUCUGCAUUUGAGCUCGUAAGCGAUUACACCUCUCCUACGUUUAUCGCAGCGUAUCAACGCUUCGUUUCUCGCCGAGGAUUACCGACGUCCAUGUACUCCGACAACGGAACCACAUUUCACGGCGCCGAUCGUGAACUUUCAAGCGCACAUGCCGCUGCAAUACGCGAUCCUAAUUUCCGUAACCGACUCGCUUCCGACGGAACUGCGUGGCACUUCCUACCUCCCGCGUCGCCACACUUCGGUGGUCUGUGGGAGGCCGGCGUUAAAAGCGUUAAGCAUCAUUUAAAACGAUGCAUCGGCCUCCACACGCUAACUUUCGAGGAGAUGUCUACGCUCCUAUGUCGAAUCGAAGCGUGCCUUAAUUCGCGUCCGAUCGCGCCCGUUUCCGAUAAUAUCGACGACUAUCACGCUCUGACUCCCGGUCAUUUUUUGAUCGGAACCUCUCUUAUCGCUCCUGCCGAACCAAGCGUGCUUGACUUAAGCGAAAAUCGACUGUCGCAUUGGCAGAUGGUUCAACAAAUGACCGAAGGUUUUUGGAGGUCUUGGUCUGGUGACUACUUGCAUACCCUUCAACAACGCCCAAAAUGGCGCGUUGUCCAGCGACUGGCCAAAGUUGGUCAGAUCGUCCUAGUGCGUAAUCCUCUGGCUCCACCGAGUCAAUGGGAACUUGGCCGAAUUACGGCGUGUCAUCCAGGCGAUGACAAUCUAACUCGCGUCGUAACGGUAAAAACAAGUCAUUCCGAAUAUAAGCGACCGAUUGCGAAACUCUGUUUCCUACCCGUCACAAUUAAUAGCGAAGAAUCAAAAGAUUCCGUCACGGCGGGCGGAGGUUCAGUUGAGAAUACCUGA